UGUUUUUUGGCAGCAAUACAAUAUCCUAAUGCUAAUGCAAAAGCUGUAAUUUCAUAGAUGUGAUAAGUGAUUUCUCAAAGUAUUCUUUGUCCUUUCUAACAUUUCUUAGAAGAACGGGAAAAAGAACAAAGCAACGGCCUCUCCGUACUCCGUAACCAUAACUAACAAUCCAAUCUAAGAUCCUUAGCUCGAAAUCACAUCAAAAUAGUUAUAAAGCUUUGGGAAAAUUUAUUCAUAUAAACGAUUUUUUUUUUCUUUUUGUGUUGGAAAUGGCACUGAGUAAUAUGACUUUGGCUCCAAUUAUUCCUUCUUCUUCUUCUUCUUGUUUCAUCUUCACUCGUAGCUUUAAUUACAGUGAGAUUUUAGGCUUCGAAACCCUAAUCAAGUCUAAGGGCUGUCUUUUUCCCACCGUGAGAAAUCGCUGGAGAUCCGGCGCUAUCGACACUCGCAUCGGCAUUGUCGAAAUCGCGCCUGUUUCCUCUUCUUCCUCUUCACGCACCACAACUGUCACCGGAAACGCCUACGUUGAUAUCCCGAUUAGUUGUUACCAGCUGAUCGGCAUUUCCAGUCAGGCUGAGAAAGACGAGAUUGUGAAGUCGGUGAUGAAUUUGAAGAGCGCUGAGGUUGACGAUGGAUAUACUAUGGAUGUUAUCGUUUCUCGUCAGGAAGUUUUGAUGGAUGCGAGGGAUAAGCUACUUUUCGAAACAGAAUACGCUGGAAAUGUGAAAGAAAAGAUUCCACCGAAAUCUUCACUUCGAAUUCCAUGGCGUUGGUUGCCUGCUGCUCUUUGUCUUCUUCAAGAGGUUGGUGAAAAGGAGCUUGUUCUCGAAAUUGGGAGGCUAGCUGUUCAGCAUUCAGAUUCUAAGCCAUAUAUUCAUGAUUUGCUUCUAUCAAUGGCACUAGCUGAGUGUUCAAUUGCAAAGAUUGCUUUUGAAAAGAGCAAGGUGUCUGAAGGAUUUGAAGCUCUUGCUCGAGCUCAGUGUAUUCUCAGGAGUACAAAAUCUCUUCAACAAAUGACAUUGUUAUCUCAGAUAGAAGAAUCUUUGGAGGAGCUUGCACCUGUAUGCACAUUGGAAUUAUUAGGCUUGCCUCAAUCACCUGAAAAUGCUGACAGGCGGCAAGGAGCAAUUGCAGCCCUCCGUGAACUACUCAGACAGGGGCUUGAUGUGGAAACAUCUUGCCAGGUCCAAGAUUGGUCAAGCUUCUUGAGCCAAGCACUUAAUAGGCUGUUGGCCUCAGAAGUAGUUGAUAUUCUUCCCUGGGAUAAUUUAGCAAUUGCAAGGAAGAAUAAGAAAUCAAUUGAAUCACAGAAUCAAAGGGUUAUAAUUGAUUUUACUUGUUUCUACAUGGCAUUGAUUGCUCAUAUUGCUCUUGGAUUUUCAAGCAGGCAAACUGACUUGAUUAUUAAAGCAAAAACUAUAUGCGAGUGUUUGAUAACAACUGAUGGUAAUGAUCUAAAGCUGGAGGAGGCUUUCUGCUUGUUCCUUCUUGGACAGGGAAGUGAGGCCGAGGCUAUUGAAAAGCUUCAACAGCUUCAAUCAACUUCGAACCCUGCUCCCCAAAAGUCUAUCACAGGAAAGGAGAUGCAAGGUGGUUCUAGUACGAUGUCAUCAUUGGAAAUGUGGCUAAAGGAUGCUGUGCUUUCUCUGUUUCCUGAUACAAGAGAUGUUUCUCCAUCUUUGGCCAACUAUUUUGGUGGUAAAAGAAAAGCUCCUGGGAGCAAGAAAAGUAAAGGAUCCCCUCAAAUCAUGCCCAAUCUAGGCCAUAGAUCACUAUCUAAUGCUCUUGCAUCAGAAAGGAGAGAUUUUGAGGAUUCUCUUCCCUGUAUAAAAUCUUCUCUACAUAUCACAUCAGCUGUUAAACAAUUAGUGCCAACCGAUUUGCAGAGCUCUUUAGAAACGAGUGAGAAUAGCAGCAGAAGCAAUGCUAGUAGCGAUGGAGGCAAUGCUAGUGCAUCGUCUGUUCAAUUGAAAAGAAAAUUUGGAGUAAACCAGAAUACAGCCUGGGAAAGCUGGUUGUCCCAGAGGAAUGUGACUGAAAGGGUAACCUUUAUUGCUGUAUUAGGAUGCAUUAUUUUCACUAGCUUUAAGCUAUUAGGAAUGAGAUUAAGUGGGAUCAGGCAUAUGUCAAUAUGGGCCGGUAGUAAACCACACAUGAACACAAGUUCCCUAACCUGUAAACGAGAUUCUUCAUUCGUUUACAAUGUUGGCUCUACUCAUAUCAAGAAAAGUGGCAUUGGUGGAAGGAUAAAGAAACUUUUGGAAGUGGGCAAGGUUCAAUUCAUGAACCCUUCAGAUGCUAGGAAUUCACUAAGUGCCUGCCUUCCUGCUAGUCUGUCAACUUCCGUAACAGCAGUGGACAGGAAGCAAAUGCCUGUGGAAGAAGCUGAAGCUCUUGUCAGGCAAUGGCAAGCAAUUAAAGCUGAAGCUUUGGGACCUAAACAUCAGGUUCAUAGCCUCUCUGAAGCCCUUGAUGAAUCGAUGCUAAUUCAGUGGCAAGCUUUGGCUGAUACAGCAAAAGCUAGAUGUUGUUAUUGGAGAUUUGUUUUGCUGCAACUGACCAUUCUGCGAGCAGACAUUCUAUUGGAUAUAAACAAGGGGGAGACGGCUGAAAUUGAGGCUCUCCUAGAGGAAGCAGCGGAGCUUGUUGAUGAAUCUCAGCCAAAGAAUCCUAAUUACUAUAGCACUUAUAAAAUCCGCUAUACUCUUAGAAGGCAAGAUGAUGGAUCAUGGAAAUUCUGUGGAGGUGACAUUGAAAUGCCAUCAUGACAUAGCAUUCUGGAAAGGAUAUAACAAGCCAUGAUCAGUUGACCUCUAAUCUUCUGUUGUCUUAGCUUCUAGUCUUGAACCUUUGCAGAUGCAAAUCUCCAAGGCAGGGCUUUGAUUGAAUUUUCAAUUUGGUGAGUCAUAUUUCCUACGUGUAGGGAUUGUCUGCCUCUAACAUAUUACUGGUUGUAAAUGUCCACAAAACGUUGAGAACGUAAUUUCAAAAUUUUUUUUCCGUUGUAAAUGGGAGUUUAACACAAUUACUCAAGCACUCACGUUGUCAUUUAUCCAUAUUAUUGUAUUUGUUCAUUUUAAUUUUUACCAACGUUUGCAGCAAUGCCUCAUUUUUUUUCCUUUUUUUUUAAUUUCUUGCUCUCGGCAUGUAAACCACA